AUGGCUCAUGCCAUAGUGACAUUGAUCUCCGUGUUCGUGUCAUUCUUUAGACUUCGGCAUCCAAGUUCUGCAGUCUUUAAUGAAGAAUAUAUUGGCAAAUGUAUCUCUCAUUAUAUCAAUGGAACCUAUUUUUAUGACAUUCAUCCUCCUUUGGGGAAAUUACUACUGGCUUAUCUUGCUUCUUCAGUAGGCUUUGAUGGUCAGCAAAGUGCAUUUCCUGAAAUAGGUAACGAUUAUCCCAACUCUGUUCCUUACGUCAGUUUACGUGCUAUGUCUGCUACUUUGAACGUCCUAUCUACAGCAUUGAUAUAUGGUAUUAUGCGGUCUUCUGGAUACUCUGCAUUAGCAUGUAUACUUCCUGCCAUGUUAUAUACGUUUGAUAACUCAUUCGUAGCACAAAAUCGAUUGAUCUCACUUGAAAGUUCGGUCAUCUUCUUUAUUCUCUCAAGUAUCUUUUGUUAUAUUCAAUUUCGAAGGAGAAGAGACAGACCUUUUUCUAUUACUUGGUGGUUCUGGCUUUUAUUAACUGGUGUGGCUAUGUCUUCAGCUGCGAGUAUCAAGUUCAUUGGUGUCUUCGUGAUCAUCAUCAUUGAUAUAUGUACUACUCUGGAUCUAUGGCAAUUAUUACAUUACAGUCAAGGCUUAUCGAUGACACAAAUAACUAAGCAACUACUGGCUCGUAUAUUUGGCCUGAUCAUUGUACCUACCGCUCUCUUUCUAUUCUGGUUUUAUCUUCACUUCAAAUUAUUACCAUUAUCUGGUCCUGGUGAUGAACAAAUGACUGUUCAAUUUCAAGAAACUCUCCAGGGAAGCCCUCUAGUUUUCAACUCUAUUCCCAUUCGUUAUUACGACGCUGUUUCCUUUAGAUUCAAGAAAAAUGGACACUUUUUACAUUCUGAUGAAUUAUCAUACCCUAGGACAUAUGAAGAUGGACGUGUCAGUAGCGCAGGUUUUCUGGUAGAUAUGAUUAAGGAAAGAAAUGAGGAAACCUAUUGGAGAAUUAUGCCUACUACCAAGAAGAAUCGAAGAAAAAAGAAGAAUCCAUACAUAGUAAAAAGCGGAGAUGUCAUACGAUUACAACACCUUGCGACAAGACGAUACUUAUUGGCUCAUGAUGUGGCAUCCCCUUUACAUGCGACUAACAUGGAACUGACGACUGUGGCUCCCAAUGAACGUCCCCAAGAUACGCUUUUCAGAAUAUCUACUGGUUUAGGUAAUGUUUGGAUGACGCAAUUACAAGAUGUUCAAGUGAUCAAUGUGGCAAAUAAUGUGGCACUAUCCUCCUCAACGGAUCUAUUACCAGAAUGGGGUCUCUAUCGUGAUGAAGUGAGCGGAAAUAAGUUGCUCAAUGUCUCUGCAAAUAUAUUUGUGGCUCAUGAUGUUUAUGGAAAAGAUGCAUAUAAAAUCAAUAUGAAAAAAGGGAUCAAGGUCAAAAAACUAUCAUUUUGGAAAAAGUACAAGGAAUUGCAACUCAAGAUGCUCAAACAAAGAAUGGAAUCUCACCCAGACGAAUCUCGUCCUUCUGUAUGGCCACUUGCAAUGGUUGGAACUGUUUAUUGGGGAAAUGAUGAAUCUCGAUCACAAAUCUAUAUGACAGGGAAUGUGGCAGGUUGGUGGCUUUCCACGGCUAGUAUUCUUCUCGUAAGCAUGAUAUUUGUUAUACUUGCUAUUACUGGGAAAAGGGAUAUUUAUUGGAUGAACAAACAUAUCCGUCGACGGUUUACACGCUCAGGAGGAUUUUUUAUCAGUCUUUGGGCAAUCCAGUACAUACCCUUCUACUUUGCGAACAGUGCUUCACUCUUACAAGACUAUCUUCCUGCAGUGACGUGCGGUUAUUUGGCGGUUGGUGCGCUUUAUCAGUAUAUGUUUAUUGAUGGCCUGGAUUUUCCAGUGGUGAUGAUGGCAGCUGCGACAGCAAAUGAUGAUAGCGAUACCUUGUUUACCAGCAAUAAUACAACAAUAAAAACAAGGAAAAUGCAAUACAGCUAUUACAAUGGAUCAAUGGCUGUACCUUCUUUGAAAUCAUAUACGGUGGCAAUGACCGUGAUUUUAACGCAACUGGUUACUUUUGUGGCUAUGGCUCCUUUGACAUAUGGCUAUCCUGGUUUGACUACAGAUCAAGUUGUUCAACGCAAGCUAUUUUCGGGCUGGAAUUUACUUUAUCAAAACUAG